GCCAAUCAGGAUCGCGUUCGGAAAGAUGGCGGCUUUCGGGGACCGUGGGCUCUCCGCGAAGGAUGGAAGUGGCGACGCGGCGCGGGUGGACUCGGACCUCCUGUUGCACCCGGAGCUGCUCUCGCAGGAAUUCUUACUCUUAACGCUGGAGCAGAAGAAUAUCCCAGUAGAAGAUGAAGUGAAAAUCAGUAAAGAUUGCCUUACUGACUUGUAUAUUCAACAUGUCAUACCAUUGCCUCAGCGUGAUUUGCCCAAAACCAGAUGGGGGAAACUAAUAGAAAAGCAAAGAGGUCAGCAAGUGUUGAAACACGGCACCCAAAGCAUUGUGGCAAUGGAAAGUCUAAGAAAAAGGCCUCUCAUUGUGUUUGAUGGUAGCUCAACAAGUACAAGUAUUAAAGUGAGGAAGACUGAGAAUGGAGCUGCUGAUGGUUUAAAAUUCCUUUCAUCUGGAAGUACCAAUAUCACAUGUAAAAGACUGCCUGUUCCUUCAAAUUCCACAUUGUGCAUAUCUGCUUCCACUUUCUCAUUGGAUGUUAAGAGGGAAUCUAGGAAUAAUGAGGGUAAACAGAACAAUAUUGUAGUUAAUAUGUCACCUGAUCAAAAGCCAUCAACUUUAGAGCCUCUUACAGGAACUACUGUUGGGAAAUUUAAGAGAACUGCUCCAAAAGAAGAAUUGGAUUCAUCAAAGCCUCCUGAAUCAAAAAGGAAGAUCCAGCAUGUAACAUGGCCAUGAACCUACAAGAGUUAGAAAUGCAAAUGAUGCUUAGUCUUCAUUUCAGUACAGAAGAAUUCUACUAACCAGAGAUGCAGAUUGCAGUGGGUAGUUGCUUAGAAGUUCACGGUAUAAAGAAAGCACCAUAUGUUCACCAUCAACCUGAGAGUAUUUAUCUUGCACUUUGAAUUUAUUCCCCAUUUUAGAAGUUAAUUUUGGUAGAACAAAAUUAUUUUACCAGCCUUUCUUCUGCAUUUUUAACUGUAGUCUAUACAUCAAGUCUUUGCAUGAUUUGAUAUAAAAAGUUUCUAACUAUUCUGUUCAGUUGUAUAAUAGUAUAUUUUUUUAAACACAUACCAUAUAUUUAAAUAGUAUGGAAGACUGUUUCCCUAUUCUGCUGAUUUUACUAAGAUAUUUGCACAUAAUAGUUCUGUUGAAAGGCCUAGAAAAACAAUUUCUCAUUUUUAGGUGCCAAUAUUAUUUUUUGAGAAACUAUUUGGGUCCUUUCCAGUUUUCUUUAGGUGAAAUCCUGAACUGUACACUGGUUUUGCUUCAAAUUGAAGUUUUUGCUAAAAUGGAAGAUCAAAUGGAUUUCUCUUGUCUUUAGAGGCCCCCACCCUCAAGAUUGUGUGUUGGGAAAAAAAAUUGUGUGAAGCAGAACUGCAUUUUUAUACAGUGUGUGAUCGGUGUUUUAUACUAGCAUUUUUAAGGAAAGCUUAUUUAACUACAAUUAAAUAAUGCCUGACAAAAUUGAGAAGGAAAGCAAUGCUUGCUCUAUUUAUUUAUGCAGCUAGAAAAGAGAUGAACUUAGUGGACGUCUGUAGGGAUGAAAGUUCUGUCUAUGAAUAAAUUCUUUGAAACUUUCUGUAUUUUUUUCUUAUAUGAGGUAAAAGCAUCCCAGGGUUUUAAAAUAUUAGAAUCACAUUUGUAUGCACAGUGUAGUUUUAGGUCAUUAAUGAAAUUGUAUUAGUUAAAGGCUCUGAAGAAACUGGCAGCAUCUUGGUGAUACAGAUAAUUUAGUUUCAAAAUCUUUAAAUUUUAGCAGCUUCUUCACAAUGAACACAAAGCAGAAGUAAAGUGAGAUAUAAUUGUUGUAAAAUUGCUCUUUGUAUUGGGGAAGAAAAAAACCAAUUUCAACAGACACCGAGUACAUAUAAGUUGUGUUGAUAUCAGUAACGUAGAUAAAAGACAUACCACUUCUGAACAUUUAUAAGAUUUAGCCCAUAUUCCUGUAUGCUACUGUUUCACAGUAAAUUUUAUUUAACUUACGUUUAACUAUUCACUCUUAUGAUUGCAUUAACUGACAUAUAAUUUCCAUUGCCUCCAUUGUGCCCCAAGACAUCACAGAGCACUUCAGAAUAUAAAGAAUGGUGUAUUAAAGUGUAGUUGAAUUCAUUUCUUAAAUAAUUGUACAAGUUUUCUACUUGAGUACUGUAUACAAUUUAAUUUUGUGUUUUUGUAUUUGAAUUGCUGUCAUUUUAUUAGCUUAUCUAAAUUAAAUUAAUUUAAGUGUGA